AUGGAUCGUUAUGAAAAAUUGACAAGAAUAGGUGAAGGCGCCUAUGGUGUUGUAUUUAAAUGUCGUCAUCGGGAUACUGGAGAUAUAGUUGCUAUAAAAAAGUUUACAGAUUCUGAAGAAGAUCCUGUUAUUCAUAGAAUUGCAAUGCGAGAAAUCCGUACACUAAAGCAAUUAAAACAUCCGAAUUUAAUAAAUUUAAUUGAAGUAUUCAAACGUAAACGUCGACUGCAUUUGGUAUUUCAAUACGUUGAUCAUACAUUACUACAUGAAUUAGAAAAACAUCCUAAAGGAUUAGAUCGUCUACAGAUCAAGAAAUUAACCUAUCAGUUAUUACAAGCAGUGAAUUUCUGUCAUGCACAUAAUUGUAUUCAUCGUGAUGUUAAACCAGAAAAUAUACUAAUUACAAAAGCUGGUCAACUGAAGUUAUGCGACUUUGGUUUUGCCAGAUUGCUAACUGGACCAGGCGAUGAAUAUACAGAUUAUGUAGCGACAAGAUGGUACAGAGCACCAGAAUUACUUGUCGGUGAUACACAGUAUGGUACACCAGUUGAUAUUUGGGCUAUUGGAUGUGUAGUGGCUGAAAUGCUUACAGCUUUACCAUUAUGGCCUGGUCGGUCUGAUUUAGAUCAGUUACAUUUGAUUACACGUACACUAGGUGAUCUAGUACCACGUCAUCGGGAAAUCUUUGAGAAAAAUUGCUUUUUCAAAGGUUAUAAACUUAUUGUACCUGAAAAUCGAGAAGAUUUAGAAGAGAAAUUCACCUCGUUACAACCGCCUAUCACUUCAAAAGAAUUAAACUUUUUACAGGCUUGUUUAAGUAUGGAUCCAACAGAAAGACUUAAUAGUGAAGCAUUACUUAAACAUGCAUAUAUGGAAAUGCAUAAUAGACAAUUACAAUAUUAUCAUGGUGAAUUAAAACAAAUAUCUAAUCCUGGAGCUGGAACAGGAACUGCUGCUGCUGGUGGUGGCGGUGGUGGUGGUGAUGGACAUUAUCAUCAUCAACAACAACAUUAUGCUGGAAUAAAAAAGAAACCUGAACGUAAUUUUAUUCAAAAUUCUAAUCAACUGAAAUCAAUAAUGAUAAGUCAAUUAGGUACAAAUACAAAUACAAUAGUACCAAGACGUAAAUACCAACAACAACAACAACAGCAACAGAACCAGCAACAACAACAAACAAAUGAUCGAAAUCAAACAACUGGAACACCGAAAAAUGAGCUACAGUCCAUUUCACCGACAUGUUUUGCUUCAACUAGUAUUACGCCAAGUUUUAAUGCAGGUCGAACAAAUUGGUUUGUACCUGGGAUUGUAGGUCAAGGGUUAUAUAAUUCAUCACAAACAGGAUUACCAGCGCUACCAACCACCAGUCAGCAUAUUCAACCGACAUCGUUGAAUACAACUGCAACAACGACAAUCAAUAAUCCUCAGUCUCUAAUGUUACCAAGUAAUCAAAAAUCAAAUGCUGCUUGGAAAUAUACUAGAACGAAUCAAGUCACUACAAUGCCGAUAAACAACAACAAUAAUAAUACUAUGAAUACAGAUAACAUCAAUUAUGACAAUAAUAAUAAUAAUAACAAUUCAUCCAGUCUAGAUAAUGGACAUGUUUCUACCGGCGUAACUACAACACAAAUGUCUCUUCAUUCAAAUGUCACUGGAAUACACUUACCUAAUAUAUAAUCCAUAUAUAUAUUUUACAUGAUUACCUUUUCUAUUCACACUAUGAAUACAAAAGAUUAGUGUAAAUGUUUCAUUCACAAACACACACACACACUCUCUUUCUCUCUUUAAGUCUCAUUGUCUUUAUCUCAUUUCAAAAAACAUUAUCUUGUUCUAUUCUUUCACCAUUAUCUAAUCAACUUCGAUUUCUGUUUUUUUCAAUUUGAGGGGAGUAUCAUUCAUGAUUAGUCAGUUGAAGUAAGAUUGACUGGCAUUUGCUUUAGUCACAUAAACAUUGAAUGCAUUCUAUUCUUAUUCACUAUACCACUGAGCCCUAUUCAUAAAAACCCAUAAGUCAUCACUAUCAUUAUUACUAUUGUACAUACAAGUGAAUAUACUGGAAUAAGUUAAAUCAAGCAAAUGCAGACACACACACACACACGCGCACAGACACGAAGUGAUGAUGGUUAAAUUAUUCGUUAGUGUGUAUUACGAGAUUACUUACAACCAUCCGCAUUGUGUGUGUCUGUUUCAGUUCAUCAAUGUUAACACAAUCAUCUUCAUCAUCAUCUGUUUUUACAUUGAAGACUAGUCAUAGAGGCAAAUAUAAUAUAUACAUAUAUACAUGUGUGUGUAUCGUAUUGAUUCUCUUCAUUACAUAACUAUUUAAUCGAUAAUAAAAAAAAUGAGUUUAUCAUAAGUGUUUUUACUGUGAACACCUACACAUACUCGUUUGCUCGUAUAAUUUUUAUAAUAGUGCAUACAAUACGGCUUAAUUUCUAGUGAUCUAAAUUAUUCCACAGUCUCUCUCUUUUCAUU